AAACAACGACAAAAAAAUACGCCUACUCACAGGACGCACACCAACGAACGGCCAUAUCAGUGUAGCCACUGCGACAAGAAGUUCACGGACAGCUCCACAUUGACGAAACAUCUCCGGACGCAUACAGGUCAGAAACCGUACGGAUGCGAUAUAUGCUUCAUGCGUUUCACACAAUCCGGUAACCUUCAUCGGCACAUGAAGACACACAAAAAUCUUUGA